AUGUCAACCACUACUACCGAAACUGUACAGAACACUUAUCCACAAACUCUCCAACCUCAAAACGAACAAAGCUUUCUCAAGUCUUUGGAGGGUAAAAAUGUGGAACCUUUGUGGAAGGUUAUGAACCAGCUAAUCCCUGAGUUACCAGUUCCAAAGGCAGUGCCAAAUAUCUGGAGGUUUAAUGAAAUCAGACCUUUGCUCAUUGAUGCUGGUGAAAUUGUUUCGGCAGAAGAUGCCGAUAGAAGAGUUCUUAUGCUGAUCAACCCUGCUCUUAGAGAGGCUCCAAUGUGUAAGACAACCGACACCCUUUACGCUGGUUUGCAGCACAUCAACACGGGUGAGACCGCUUCUGCUCACAGACAUUCCGCUUUUGCUUUGAGAUUUAUCAUCGAAGGAAAUGGUGGAUGGACUGGAGUUCAAGGUACGAGAUUGACUAUGGAGAGAGGUGAUGUCCUCAUUACUCCACGUCGGGACUGGCACGAUCACGGCAAAGAAGGUAACGGUCCAAUGAUUUGGCUCGACGGUCUAGACCUGCCCUUUUUCCGUGAGUUUCCCGUAAAUUUCACUGACGAAUAUUCUGAGUCCCGCUACCCAAGCUCGCCUGUCGUGGACACUCCAUUGAAGUACCCUUGGAAGGACGUCCAAAAAGCACUUGACUCCAAGCCAGGCGACCACGCCAUCUAUGACUACAUCUCUAAGGUGGACAACGUCUCGCCUGUAUCGACGGUUAUUGGAGCCCAGGCGGAAAGAGUUGGUCCAAAAGCGUCAUCUCCACCACGUCUUGAGAAUAGUUCCUUUAUUUUCCACGUCGUUGUUGGCAAAGGUUACACUGUGAUGAAGUUGGUUAAGGGAGAAACUAAGACCAUUUAUUGGGAAGGUAAGGAUACAUUCUGUAUUCCAUCUUGGACUGAAUUUCAGCAUUUCAAUCUCACUGAUGAAACCACUUAUCUCUACAACUUCAACGAUACUCCACUUCUGACCAACCUUGCAAUUCACAAAAGUGGAAAGUCCGGAAGACUGGUUGAGUAG